GAGAGAGAGAGAGAGAGAGAGAGAGAGAGAGAGGGUCUCUGUGUGUGUUUUAGUUUGCAGUGACUCGGCGAUUUCAUAGGGAAAUGGCAGACGAACAGACUAAGAUUAUGAUGGCAGUGAACGAAUCGACGAUCAAGGGGUAUCCACACCCAUCUAUCAGCAGCAAAGGGGCCUUCGAAUGGACUCUCGACAAGAUCGUCCGCUCCAACACCGCUGGCUUCAAGCUCUUCUUUCUCCAUGUCCAAGUUCCUGAUGAAGACGGUUUUGAUGACACUGAUAGCCUCUUUGCAUCACCUGAGGAUUUCAAGAACAUGAGACACAAGGACAAGAUAAAGGGACUCCAUCUGCUGGAAUACUUUGUCAACCAAUGUCAUGAGCGUGGGGUAUCUUGUGAAGCAUGGAUCAAGAGAGGAGAUGCCAAGGAAGUCAUCUGCCAUGAGGUGAAACGUGUGCAUCCUGAUCUUCUUGUAGUUGGUUGCCGUGGUCUUGGGCCUUUCCAGCGGGUAUUUGUAGGAACUGUUAGUGAAUUUUGUGUUAAGCAUGCUGAAUGUCCUGUUGUCACAAUCAAGCGCAGUGCUUCAGAGACCCCUCAGGACCCUGUUGAUGACUAAAAUGUUUGUGCUAUCUAUGGAUAGAUUUACAAAUUCGAUAAAGAUUUGUUUCAUUGUAUAAGAAUAUCGAGUAGAUAUGUAUAUGCUCUGUAGUACAUUGUGGGUUGAUUUGAAUAGAGAUAUGCCUGGAUUUUCUUGAGACAAUUUAGUAUAUUAUUAAUGUGUUUUUAAAAUGGCACUUGAUUCUGCCAAGUUCAGUUCAA